CUGGACCUAAACACAGUAAACAGAUUCCUCUCUCUGUCUGAGGAGAACAGAAAGGUGACAUGUAGGAGAGAGGAGCAGCCGUAUCCUGAUCACCCAGAGAGAUUUGAGGACUGGGAACAGGUGCUGUGUAGAGAGGGUCUGACUGGGCGCUGUUACUGGGAGGUAGAGAGGAGUGGGGGAGAGGCUGUUAUAGGAGUGACAUAUAAAGGAAUCAACAGGAGAGGAAAGGGUGAUGACUGUUGUCUUGGAUACAAUGACAAGUCCUGGUGUCUGAUCUGCUCUGACACCAGUUACUAUGUCAGGCACAAUCACAAUCUGACUAUCAUAGACGUCCCCUCCUCCAGCUCCCACAGAGUAGGAGUGUAUCUGGACUGGCCAGCCGGCACUCUGUCCUUCUACAGAGUCUCCUCUGACACACUGACCCACCUGAACACAUUCUACACCACAUUCACUGAGCCCCUCUAUCCAGGGUUUUGGGUUUAUGGUUUUGACUCCUCAGUG